AUGGUGAGGGACUCGGGGCCCCUGACUCCAGACGGCAGGGGCUCCUGUCGGCCUGGCCCUCCCAGCAUCCAGCUCAGGGCCAGGCGUCCCUCGGGGGAUCGAGUGACCGGUCCGGCAGCCGKGCCCCUGCGCCACGCAGGUCUGGUUACCGGCUCUGCUUACAGCGGCCCCCCAGCUGCCUCGGUGGCCCCCGUGGCCCCCCGGCCGGGCUCCGGGGCUGUCCAGGAACUUGGCGGGAAGGCCACAGGCCCGGGCCCUGCCCGCCCUCAGCCGUCCCGCCAGCGACGUCCACAGUGCUCGGGGGAGCAGCAGGUUCGGGUGGACGUGGACAGCUACCGAGGCUUUCUGCAGACAGCCACCCACUCAGCAUCCAGGGCACCUCGAGCGGAGAGCAGGAUUGGGGGGCACGUGACCCCCGCCCCAGGGACCAAUCAGCGCCUGCGGGCGGGGGGCCACACUCCGCGCCCCCCACCCAGCUCCGCGCGCCUGGAGAGAGACAUUUUCUUUGUCCCUUUGUCAGCUCUUGGGGGGCCCCGAACCCCCAGGCUGCCACUGCAGCAGGGGGGAUCCGACUGGCCGGGCCUGUCCCCGCACCGCGGCUCCUCUCCGCGGUCGGGGCCCGGACUCGCUCUGGUCGCGGCCAGGCAGGAGGCCGAGAGGACUCGGGCGCCCAAGGUGCGGCGGCGGGACCGCGGAGCGGGCGGAGGGGCCUCCGCGAAUCGGGACCACCGCGCCAGCCCCCGGUCGCCUCGACUUAGCUCUGGGGCCCCGCCCCCCACCCUGCCACCCUCGGGCCAGCAGGCCCCCGCCUGCCAGCCUGCCCCGAGCCCCCCACCUGGGCCCGAAUCCAGCUCCCCGCGGCGCAGCCACGAGCCCCCAUUAUUGUGCCUCCCACGGCCCCCCAGGGACAAAGUCCCCGCCCGCUGCGGUGCCCACAGACCCCUCAAGGCGCCCCACAGGCCCCCGGGCCACAGUCCAGGCCCCCAGCCGCGGUGCCACCAGACACCCCCGGGAUGGAGCCUCGCUCGGCGCCCCAGGCCAAAAUCCAGCCGCUUCCGCGCGAGGCUCCCGGACGCCGCCGGUGCCGCCCGAGGGUCCCCAAACCCUGCCCCCGCCCCGAUGCGCCGCCGCCGGGUCCUCGCGUUCCGGCGCGCCCCGAGCCCGCUCCCGGCCCCGAGCCUCCCGUGCGCGCAGGGCCCGCGGCCCCGUCCCAGCGCCCGCCCGGCCACCCAGCCGCCACCAGCCCCGCGGCUGCCGCCCGCCACCCCCGCGGGCGCCCCCGGCCCCUCGCGCAGACGCCCCGGGGCGCUUACCUCGGAGCCGCGGGGCCGCGAGUGCGCGGGCGGCGGGCGGCGGGCGGCGGGCGGGGGCGCGGGCCGUGCGCGCACCUGUCCCGCGGCCGCUCAGCCGGGCAUCCCGGGGGGGGGGGGGCUGCUGCUGUCCGCCCGGCCGCGCGCUGGCUGGGCAGGGGGCUCAGCCCCGGCCCCCCGCGCGCUGGCGUCGGCUCCGGGGGGGGCGCUGCGCGGCGGCCGGACCGGGGGCGCGCCGCGGCCGCAUCUCCAUCUCCUCCGCCGCCGCGGCGGCCGCUGCGACUCGCGGCUCCGCCACCUCCGCCCCCUCCCCGGCGCCCCCCACCGCCCCGAAGCCCGGCCGGAGCCGCGCAAAACCCGGCGCGGAGCCGCGGCGGCGCGGAGCGGAGGGCGGAGCCGCGUGGGGGGCGCUGCGGGAGGGGGCGGCCCGAGGGGUCACCCUGCUGUUGUCCAGGUGGUGGGCUCCGGUUUUCUGCCCCGGCUUCCUCUGUUCCAACUUGCAUCCCCAAUCAGAGCCGCGGGCAUGGACGCUGGGUGGAUGCAGUCACCUCGUGGUCUGGAUGGCCCCCAGCAUGAUGGGGAGACCCCGGCAGAGUUAGCUCCCUCCCUCUCCCGGGUCCUCCUCUCUGGUGGCCCUGGAGGGUCUCCCGUAGGCACAGAUGGUCUGGGCACAGGGGACUCCGGCACGUGGGAACUGCCUGGGAGCGAGGCGGCCGGGGGACGUGGGCUCCGGGGUCCCCGACUGGCUCUCCGCGGGCUCCGCAGAGCCAAGGCCGGGGGCCAGGGAGGGACCCCAGACCCCUCCGCGCCCAGCGCCGUCCCCCUGCGCAGGCGCAGGGCAGAGGCCCCAGAAGGCGGUCGCAGGCUCCAGAUCGCAAGCCUCGUGGGGUGCGCGGCGCGGCCUCGGGUGCGGGCCUGGCGAGCCCAGGGUCGCGGCCCCUUCCCCGGAGCGCGGGCGCCGCCAGCCCCGGGUUCCGUGCAGAGCGCGCCCCCUGCCGGGAGCGGCCGGGAGCGGCGCGCCGCGGCCCAGCACCGCCACGGGCUGAGCUGA